AUGCUGGCGCGCUCAUCGGCCUCAAAAGAAGAGAGAUAUAUCAACAUUGUCCAGUCAACUUUCGGUAUCAUCUUCCUUGGGACACCCCAUAGGGGAAGCCCCGAGCUUUCCUCUUUAGCUGAUUGGGGGAGAGGCUUGGUCAGCGUGCUGCGAAUGGACACCAAUGCAUCAAUCUUGCAGUCGCUUAGUCUCCGCAAUGAGGAUCUAGAGCGUGCUCAAGAAUCAUUUUCUAUCCUUUGGCGGGACUAUAAUUUCCGGGUGAAAACAUUCCAAGAAGGUCUAGGUUUGACAAGAUUCAACUUUGGCAUCUUGGGAAGGAAAGUCGUCCCGGACUUCUCUUCUGCAAUCGGUGACGCACGGGAGCACGCUGAAAAGCUCCAAGCAAACCAUAUGGAAAUGUGCCGAUUCAGAGCAGAAGAUGAUCCGAAUUACAAGAUGGUGAAGAGAGAAAUCAUAGUGAUGUACGCCAGUGUGCUCUCUAGGGCCACGAACGGAACGGUAAAUUCAACAAUCAGUACAUCACAUGGUAUGGAAAACCAAGAGGUGGAAGAGUUUGUUCUUCCGAAGGAGAGAUUGGCUAUUCUGAAGUUGCUACGAUAUCCUGAAAUCGAUAAUUGGCGGCAUAUCAUCGAUUUUCCAUCACCGAAAACGUGCGAGUGGCUAUUUGAAAAUAGAGACUACCAGUCUUGGUUCGACGGCAAGGAGAAGCAGAAGUAUUUUGGUCUUCUGUGGCUCAAGGGCAAGCCAGGCUCAGGGAAGUCUACCCUCGUGAGACAAGCAUUCCUGAAGGCCCGAGCCGAUUCAAAUUCAAAUGUGCAAGUUGCAGGUCAUUUCUUCCAGGCGAAAGGAGUGAACCUGGAGCGGUCCUCAUUAGGAAUGUUCAGGUCCCUACUUCAUCAGCUACUGUCUCAGAAUAUUCAACUGCUCUGGAGAUUUCUCGUUGUUUACCAUGGCCUUAGGGGCAGUGAAACCAACUCCGACAGUCUCCAAGAAACAGAGCUUCGACAUUGCUUCAAAGCGUUAUUUCAGGCUGGACUGAAAUCGAAGAUCAUUAUCUUUGUGGAUGCCCUCGACGAGUGCGAAUCUCAGAGCAUCAGGUCUUUAGCAUACUUCUGGAGAGAAGUGACCAAGUCUGCUAGUGCUUCAGGAGUCGAGCUGCUUGUGUGUCUUUCAAGCAGGAAUUUCCCAACACUUACUGUUGCCGACUGUUUGGAAAUCAUAGUCGAUGUCCACAAUCGAGGUGAUAUCGAAUCAUACAUCGACGCACGCUUCGAUCUGGUCUUCCCUAGUAAGGGCUUAGAGAAUACGGCACUGAGACAGAAAGUCAUAAACAUGUCUGGCGGUGUCUUCUUGUGGGCGGUCUUGGUUGUCGAUUCUGUGCUGGAGCAGAGAGACCAAGGUCAAAGCAUACAGUCACUGCUGAACGAGGUUGACUGCAUUCCAGACGCUUUGGAGACUCUGUUCCACCAGAUUCUAUCAGCAGUGGAGCCCGACCUUCGUGAUGUCACUCUUCGACUGUUUCAGUGGGCUAUCUUGACAACGAGGACCCUUGAUGUCAAUGAGUGGCGCCACAUUAUCCCACUUAUUCAAUCCAUCUCACCGCUAUCGUCGCUUCAGAACUGGAAAACUUCAGGAGAGCUCACUGAGGCAAAUGAAGAGCUCGAAAAGCAGAUCAGAGUUCUAUCCAGGGGUCUCCUCGAAGUGUCAUCACUCCCUGAUGACCCAUUGAAGCACUCAGAUGACAUACAUCGAGAUUUGAGCGGAGCUGGCUCUCAGUUCAAGAAGUAUAGACAGAGCGAGACAAGAUAUGUACGAGUGAUACAUGAAUCCGUGAGAGAUUUCUUUCUCCAUGGGAGCGGAUUCUGUGUUCUCGAAAGCGGCCAGCUAGAGCUGUCAGAGAGUAUUGCGAAGGGCCACGUUUCAAUUAUACACAGUUGUCUCGAUUACAUUGGUGUCCAGGAGCUCGCAAACUACAAGCCCAGGAAGGUUGUACAACGAAGCGAGCGAGCGGCUGCUGCUCAUGCUUUGAGACUCGAAGAAUAUGGCCGACAUGCUCAGGUGCCUUCGGCUUUGAAAAGCCCACUCCGUCAUGCUCAGUGCUUCUCAGCAGCAGACACGUGGUCCGUUGACGUGAACGUUUCCGAAAACACAUCGAGCUAUGAUUCAUCGAAAAGUCUCAUGAAUGAACAGGACGAUGCAAACCCUCGAGCCCACCCUCAAUCAUUCAUGCUGGACUUGUAUUUACGUACGGAUGGAGGAGGAAUCGAGUCCUUAAUUUUCAGAUCCUGGAACUGCAGCACAUCUCAUCACUCUUCUGAACCUAUCGGCGAUAGUCUAUUAUUGCUACAAUACAUACAGUCUGCAUUCUUCACCCAUGCUAGACUUGCGGAUAAAGCAGGUGCCGAUCCAGACUCAAUCAUCACUCGUGUCAGAGAGCCCGAAUUCUGGCGACGCUGGCUGAGUCUGGAUGAAACCGAACCAAGUGAUACACAGUUCCUGUACUACCUCGCUGGUCGCGGUCUAAACUCUUGGAUUGUCCGCCUUAUCAGGGCCUAUGAAAGUCCACGACCGGGCAGCGACAUCAAAACACUCGUCAGUUCGGCAAUAAUGCAAGCAAUACACAGUAGGAGCAGCAUAGCACUAGAGGUUCUCUUGGAACACAACUUCGAAACGCGAUUCGAAACAAUCCACGGAAACUCUUUUGUGCAUGCAUUGGUCUAUCAGCAUAGCACAACCAUGUUGAACUUGUUCCUAGCUGCGACAGUCGAAAAGUGUCACGGCCAAGGCCAAUCAAGGGGCGAAGCAAUCAUUGAGCACAAAGACAGCAAUGGCAGGACUGGGUUACAUGUGGCCGUACUUGCGGAGAAUCUGGAUGCCGUUAUUUCUCUGAUCCAAUUUGGAGCGAGGGUUUGUACCAGAGAUACCGCAGAGCGUACGCCGCUACAUUCAGCCUUAUCCCAGAACCCCAAUUACGAGCUGGCAAGGCUGCUCGUGACACAUGGCGCAUGUGUCAAUGCCAGAGACAAGGCCGGCCAGACACCGCUCCACCUAGCCUGCAUAAGAGGUCUUCCUGUUGGGCAACAGGCAAGGCCUACUCAUAUCGAGGUUGUCAGGCUAUUGCUGAGCCGUGGAGCAGAGGUCAAUGUGCAGGAUAAAUGGGGUAUCACUCCUUUACAUCUUGCAUGCUUUUCCAAAUCUGCCGAACACAUACGUGUCGAAGGCAGUUCCACAGCUGUGGUGGCUCUCUUUGAAGCAAGUGUUGGCAUUGAUGCUAAGAAGGGAGAUGUUCCACCCCAUAGUUCCAUCCCCUACAAUGGUAUAGUCGAGCACUUGGGAAAGCUUGGUAUAUCGGUGAUGCCUCAGCAUAGCACAGAUUUCAUACCGCUACAUCUGGCUUGCAAACGAGGUUUGACAUGGGCACAGGAUGAGGAUGUUUUGGAAGUUGUUUCAACGCUUCUCCGAGCAGGUGCCAAUACACACGCUACGGACAACUAUGGGCAAGCCCCAAUCCAUGUCGCAGCGGCAGUUAUGGAUUCCAGCAUCCUUUCUAAGCUGGUUCAGUUCGGCGCGGAUAUUCUUGCGCGUGACGAGACUGGCCGAAUUCCCAUGCAUGAAGCAGCGUCCGCAGAAAAUCAAUCUGCAGUAUCAUUCCUCCUACGCCUCGACAAACAUCAGGCCGACAUAGCGGACCAGAACAACCAUACACCCUUGCACCUUGCGAUGGAUGCCGAUGUGCGUUUCAUAGAAAAGCUGCUAAACAACAUAGGGUCAGAGCCCCGAUUAUAUCCAACGCUACUCGACUUCAAAUCGCAAGUCCAGUUCAAAGAUUCAGGUACAUCUUGUGUGCGGGAUCUUGCGCAGCACAUAUUCUUUCACGACCUAGGUCACAUCUUGCGGAGACACGAAAUGGACUUUUCAAGGACUGCACCUACAACUGAUCCGUUAGAACCAUGUUGGGGAAAGGUUGACUGGUGGGGCCUGCAGUUCCAACAGGCUCGCCUGUUUGCUGGCUUGGAGACUUUGGCGAUGGCCAAAGUUGUCAAGUAA